CGUUGUUUAUAACCGUGACUCCCGCGUUACGAGAUACAACCUACAAGAAAAGGGCUGAAUUUGGAGGGUGAUAUAGAAAGCUUGGAAGCACUGUGGAGGAAGCUUUGUGCAACUUUUAGCUAGACCUCGUCGGUUCACGACUGCGCAAGCAGCACGGGCCUCCCCGCAGUGAGCUAGACUAGACGUCUCUAUGGUCGAGUAAACCUAGAGCGGUUCCUUGUGCCUCGCGUGGUCACGUUGCGCAGGCGCGAUAGCCGCAGCGUUGGAAAAAUGGCAGAGCAAGAGCAAAGAAAAAAGAUCCCUCUGGUUCCAGAAAAUCUCCUGAAAAAGAGGAAGGCUUAUCAGGCCCUCAAAGCCACCCAGGCAAAGCAGGCACUUUUGGCAAAGAAGGAGCAGAAGAAAGGGAAAGAAUUCAGGUUUAAACGACUAGAAUGGUUCCUACAUGAUUCCUGGCGGCAACGACGUGACCACGUGCGCCUAAAACGACUAACUGUGAAACCUCAUGGCUUAGAAGUGCCAGAUCAACAUUCCUUGGCUUUUGUUGUACGCAUCGAAAGCAUUAAAGGGGUGAGUUUACUAGUGAAAAAGACCAUUGCUAGACUUCGCCUGAAAAAGAUUUUCAGUGGUGUCUUUUUUGAAGUGACUCCUCAAAGCAUUAAAAUGCUUCGAACAGUGGAACCUUACGUGACCUGGGGAUUCCCAAAUCUGAAGUCUGUCCGGGAACUCAUCUUAAAACGUGGACAAGCCAAGGUCAAGAAUAAGACUAUCCCUCUGACAGACAACACAGUGAUUGAGGAGCAUCUGGGGAAAUUUGGUGUCAUUUGCUUGGAAGAUCUCAUUCAUGAAAUUGCCUUCCCGGGAAAGCAUUUCCAGAUGAUCUCAGGCUUCUUACGCCCUUUCCAGCUGUCAGUGGCCCGUCAUGCUACCAAGAAUAGAGUCGGCUUCCUCAAGGAGAUGGGUUUACCUGGCUAUCGAGGUGAAAGUAUCAAUCAGCUCAUCCGGCAGCUGAACUAAGCCUAGAAUGACAGCACAAUGCAUUGGAAGCAUGUGUUUGGUUUUGGAAUUGUCCAUAUCUUCAAAGAAGAUUAUUUCCUGCUUUACCUUCAGAAACUGGAGGGGAAGGGUCAGGGAGAAGGUGUUACUGUUCAUGCAGGCAUGUCUCGUCAAAACCCAGUUCUAAGAAAAAGUUCCUGUGUGUCUUUCACGUUGGCCUUUGCUACCUCCUCUAAAAUGAGCAAAGGACUCGUGCUACAGAGGGAGUCCUGCCUUGUCCCACCUUAUCUUGGGCUUUAAUGUUGGUGAUUGAAGACCAAGCCGAGUUGCAUACCUGAACCUGGGGGUUCAUAGAGUCUUGUUUUGGAAAGGACUUAAAUAUAACUAGUAGAAAACAAAAACCAUA